AUGACUCUGUGGAACGGCUCCUACCCCUUCUACCCUGGAGCCAAUGCCUGCUUCCCCUUUGACACCACCCGGGCUGUCAUUGUCACCGUAUUCCUCUCCAUGUUGGCCAUGUUCAUCAUCAUCCUGCCGGGGAUCCCGAGCAGGAGGAGGCUCUUCUGGUUCCUGCGCUCGGUGCUGGGGCUCUUCAUGGGAGCAGUGAUCCUCAAUGUCCAGUUCACCAGAGACUGGGAGAGUGGCUGGGUGCAGGCAAACACCUCCUACAAGUCCUUCAGCCCUGUCCAGGUGAACGCGGACAUCGGGCUGCACAUCGGCCUGGCCGGGGUGAACGUCACGCUCAGGGGAAACCCGGUGCAGCAGAUCAACGAGACCAUCAACUACAACGAGCACUUUCCCUGGAACUUUGGGGCGGAUUAUGACCACAGCUACAGCCAGGGGCUGCAGAAGGGGCUGCCCAGCCCCAUCCUCUACGUGGCAGAGAAGUUCAGCUCGCAGAGCCCCUGUGCCGUGCACAGGCAGUACCGCAUCGCCGGCCACUACGUGUCCCUCACCCUGUGGCUGGCCUUUUGCACGUGGCUCAUUUCCAUCCUGCUCUUCUCCAUGUCCAUCCUGCUCUAUGGUGGCCAGAUGCUUCUGCUCACUGCCACUCUGAUCCUCUCCUCACUGCUCCUCUUCUGCACUGCGAGGAACACACUGAGGUGCCCCAUCCAGUUUGGCCCAGUUUCCUUGAGGACAGACUAUGGUGAAUCCUUUUGGCUGGCAUUAGCAACAGGGCUGCUGUGCCUGCUCCUGGGGCUGGGCAUCAUCAUCCUCAACACUGUGCAGCCAGAGAAGCUGAAGCUCAUCUUUAGCCUGGACAAGAGCAGCGAGGAGGAGCCGUGGGACAAGUCCUGCCUGCCAGCCCAGCCCAGCUGCUCUGCACAGGACGGGUUUAUGGUCCCCCUGGGGGAGCUCUGCCACGGGGCAGCCACCCAGCUCUGAGGCACAGGGGAGGCAGGGCAAGGCCUGCAGAUGCUGCUCCUGAA